AUGGCAAUUACGAAAGUAAUAUAUUUAGUGGCACUGUUUUGUUUAGUAUUUGUGCUCGGCGAAGCACAGCAAGCCAGUAAUCAAAACACAUCUGGUGAUGAUGAAUCCUGCGCAGAAUGGUUUUGGAGCAGUGUCUCGCUAGACUUACAAACGGACAACAGAGAGCAGUAUGUCGAAGGCUUUGGAGGCUCUAUAACGGAUGCUGUGGCUUACAACUGGUAUAAACUGUCAGAAGAAACUAGAUCACGACUUAUAAGCACAUACUUUGGCGAGGAUGGCUUGGGUUACAACAUGAUCCGGAUACCUAUCGGCGGCAGACUUCUCAAAUCGCCCUUACACUUACAACGACUAUCCUCUGGACGACGAAACUUUGUCAAACUUUACUUUAGCUGA